GGGUUGGUACUAUAUAUUGGUAGUAUUAUAUAGGUGUAAUGAUUUUCGGUGAAGAUCAGAAACUCGUGAUCAUCACAUCAGAUUUCGUUUUACUCUUAUUUCUGAUUCUCUCUCCCUGCCUGCUGCAAAAGAGAGGUUUAGAAACAGAACAGAAGCAGAAGCCAGCAGGCAGGUAUUGUCAGUCCUCCUUGAGGAAUUUACACCCCCGUCUCGCCCUUUUUUCUCAGUGACCCAUCUCUCUUUCUUAAAACCUCUCUAUCUCCUUUCUUUGUUAAGAAUCAUGCGCUCACAAGUCUACAUGUGUGUAACUUUGUUUUAAGCCUCUGUGUGCCCUGUGCGAAUUGCUCCUUUAUACCUAGACACUCCCUACAAGAUUGAAAGAAAAAAAGAAGAAAGAAACAACUCCUUUUGAGAAGACAAACCAAAGGGGGUAGAAACUGCAAAAGGUAAGGGUUUUGUAAGAGAGCCCAGUUGGCGAAACAUUGUUUAGAAGAGGAAAGAAACGGUCUUCUGGGAUACCCCGUUGGAUUUUGAAGAUGGGUAGUUGUGGGAGGAGUGGGGCCGUGAGGCAAUAUGUAAGAUCAAAGGUGCCUCGUUUGAGAUGGACUCCCGAGCUUCAUCACUGCUUUGUUCAUGCCAUUGAGAGGCUUGGUGGCCAAGACAAGGCUACGCCUAAACUCGUUCUUCAGAUGAUGGAUGUGAAAGGACUCACCAUUUCACAUGUGAAAAGCCAUCUCCAGAUGUAUAGAAGCAUGAGGAGUGGUGACCUGGGCAGACUAGAUAGGAGCUCCACCCAGCAAAAAAGACAAUCUUUUGCUGUCUAUAACGAGUGUGUUGAAGAAGUAAAAGCCAUUGAAGAAUCAGAUUCUCACUCGAUGUACAGGCCUCUCUCUUCAAAAAGGGCCAGAAUCGAGACCAGGAGUUCAUUAUCUGAGGAGUUCCUGCAAUGCAGCCAAGGAAUAUGUGAGACAAUCUCAAAUCCGUACUCUUUUGAUGAUUAUGCGGGAAUAAAGGAGGAGGUCAAUGGAGUUGGUUUCAAAUGGGAGCAGACCCAUUCUAACCCUCAAUGUACAGCCUUCUCUCUGCCACAUGAUCUUUAUAACUUCAACCCCUUGAAACGUGAAGUGGAAGAAUCUGAUUUCCUCAAGAUUGCCAAGCUGGAGGGUCGAAAGUGCAAACCAGAGAAGUUAUUCACGCCUGAGGUUACUGGAAGUGGAAGAGCAGAAGAUGAAGAACCUGUUGAUUGCGAGUUGUCACUUGCACUCUCACUACCCCAACCUUCCUCACAUAGAAGCGAUUCUUCAUCGACGAGUGAGAUCAGCGAGGCAUUCUCAUCAUACUCGAGGUCGAACUUUAAAGACUGCUCCGGCUUUUCUACCGGAAAACGUGAUAUUAACUUGGAUCUGUCUAUUGCUCUUUGCGGUGCCUGAUCAUGUCGACGUGAAAACAAAAAAAAUAGUAUGUUCUCUAGAUAUCUUCAUUCGUCCUUCUUUUAUAUUCUUAGCCGCUGUUAAUCUCCCUUUGGUUUAGCUGUUGAGUACUUUUCAUUACCGGGAUUCAAAUGUUUGGCUUAGAAGAUAUGCAAAAUCGUUGCUUAUUGUUGUUCA